AUGUCCAGAGCUCAUCGCCAUUAUCCUGUAGCAUCCACUUCUUAUCACCAACCUCCAUCCGAUAUUGGCUCUCGUCGUCCACGUGAACCAGCUCCAUCACUUUCGCAUCCAGACUUUUCGCGAGAUAUCUACAUCCCUGAAUCGCAAGAAGAGCUCAAUCGAGUUAGCAUCGAGUCGCGACUCCUUCAGGCAUCCGGUCCAAAACACAAUCCAGGCAUGCGUAGGGGCGACUUCACUGCCGCGUCUUCGACGUUUGACACGUACGACCGUAUCGGUCGCGAAGAGGACUUUGCUGCCACACGACCGCCAGUCUCUUCUACUGCAGCGCGACAGGCGAGAUCUUCCAACAUGCACGCAUCCUCACAUCGUCAGAUCAGAGUAGAGGAGGAUGAAAGCUUGAUACCUGGUGUCGGACGUGGUGUUCGCAGCACGAUGCCAUCACAGACUUCGUAUCAGGAGCGUAUCCGUUCUCUCAACCACCAUGCCGCUCAGCACCCGUUCAGAUCUUCCCCUGCCAAGAGCCCGUACCGUCCUGGAAAGUACUCCUCGGGCUACCUUGCACCAGGUCAAGCAAAGCAGCCAGCGCCGGCCUCUUCAUCACUGCGACCGUCUGCAACUACCCACACUCGUCCCAGCACAGCGCUUCCUCCUCGCCAACCUCACGUCGAGAGCGAAUCCGAGUCAGACGGAGACUCCCUGACCGACUCUGAUGGCAUGAACGUCCACACUGCAACAUUCAACAGUACUGGUAACCAUCGCAAUUUUGCCGCAACUCCAGUAGCGCACACUGCUACGAUCACCGCCAACUUCCGUCAGCGUCCCACCCUUGGCCAGGACACACUGGACCGCAUCGAGUUCGACAUUCACACCGAUACCGAUGCCGAACAACGUCCUCGUCAGGAUACACAAUCCACUCGAGCUGCUGCUGCCGCAGCUCAGCAUCACAGACCUCGUCCUGACCCUAGUGGUCCCUUUGCCUCGCCUCGUGCUACCACCAACACCGUCGGCAUGAACGCUGCCGACUACCAACAGCAUCUCGCCUCGAGGACGCUCACCUCGCCUGCUUUGCGCACGCUCAUUGGUGAUCGAUCAAAGAGUCCGGACAGCCCAACGCCUGCACCUUCCAUCGACGGUGUAUUGCAUGCCGGUAAGACAAACAGUGGCAAGGAUUCGCAGCAGCGUCAUCAACAGCCACUUGCAACCAGACAAGACUCCAUCUCAGCCGUCAGCGCAUUCGAGGAUCUUGCACGUCGUUUGCAACGCGAUGUCGAAGUAACCCGAAGAGGUCGUGAUGCCGCUGGAGAGGAGGGCGAUGACGGCAGCGCAUCCAACUCCGGCGGAAGUGGCUUUGGUCCUGGUAGUCAAGCCUCGAGCGCACGAACACGUGUUGAGCCCGAGUCGCAUCCUGGCAACAACAAAGUCAACAAGCCCUCCCACUUCAACGCACACGGCUUCCCUGCACAUCAAAAGACAGCUGCUGCUCACGAUACAACUUCACCGUGGGAUGUUCGCUUGCCCGAUGUCACUGGUUUGACUUCUGCACUAGGAUCGCCUGUCAAAGCUCGUGAUGCGGUCAAGCAUCGACCAUUCGACAGUGCGGUGGGAAACCAAGAUGCGAGGUUGGAGGAGUUGGUGAAUUUGAGAUGCUUUGUGGAUGGCAUUCAGGUUGAACUAGAUAGAGCGGGAGAGAGGAUCUUGAAUCUGGAACAGGCUCAGGAGCAACAGAGUCAUGAGUUCCAAGGGUUGCGGUCGGAGAUGCAGAGUGCGUUGAAGGAUGUAAGGGCGAGUCAGCCGAGGGUGGAGGAAGAUCAGCUUCUGCAGCUGAUGCUGCAAAAGCUGCAGUCCGGCACCAGCUCUCAACAGCAGACUGAGAGGACUUCGGAAAGUGCUCAAGUUCAGACGCAAGCACCCAAGCCAGUCGCUCAAAGUCAGGCAAGCAAAUCUCAUGCACCACGACAGCGAGGUGAAAGUCGAAGCCAAGUUGAGGUAGUCAAUCGACUCUACGCCGAGCUCGAUAAGUUGAGGAUGGUGAUGGAGGAACAGUAUCGCUCCGCUGCUGGCAUUCCUCGCGAGUCGAACGAAAGAGAGGAGGUCGUCGAGACUAGGCCACAACACGCGACUUAUCAACACCAAGACAACAUCCCCACCGGUCGCGAUCCCUGGGACGCCACCGAGGCUCUUCGACUGCAAGUGCUGAGCUUAGCCGAGGAAGUUGAAGGUCUCAACGGGCUUGUUUUGGAGCACCUCACUCAGCCUGCUCCCACUGCAAGGCGGAAGCGACAAGCUCGCACCAGCAACAGCAGUGCUCGUCACAAUCACUACUACGACGAUGCACACCCUGCUUCGGAGCCUAUUCAGCCUGCUCCCGCUCGAUCCUACCGAAGAGACCACACGGACAUCCGUACAGACCCUAUCGACGACGCUGAUGAUCACCAGCACUACCACCAUCACCGACGGGUGUCAUUCGGUCGUCAUCGCGACCAAAGUGAGGAGGAAUACGACGCAACUAUCGACGCUAUUGCUGAGAACGUCCGUAUUCAACGCGAGCGUCAACGUCGUCGUCAUCGCCCAGCGCCCGUCGAGGUCCACGACGACGAAGAUGAGAUCUCUCAACUAGCCGACGCUCGUGCAGCCCGCGCCUCUGCUCGUGCUGGCAGUCAUCACCAGUCCACACCUCACAACUCGGCAACUUGCACAGUCUGCACAGCCUCCACUCGUUCCGAUAAACGAAAAGCCUCCCGACGAGCGCGUCUCCUUGCGGCGGAGGAACGAAGACAGGCUGUCGAACUCGAAGAAUCGAUCCUUCUUGAUGCAUUGGAUCCCCAAACACCGCACUCCCCCUCCACCAAACCGGCGCGAAUCGGAGCAGAAGAGCUAGAAACUCUAAAAGUGAUCCUGCGCGAGCAUUGGGACGAAUUCCUACACCAACGUAUGCUGUAUUCUGAACUGGCCGACGAGCUCAAGACCAUGUCUCCAGGGAUGGGGAAGGCGAAGAGAAGGAUCUUGGCAGAGCAUGUGUUGGAGGCGGUGGAGAUGCUAGAGUUGAAAGCGGAUAGGAUUGAGCGUUUGGAGAAGGUCAUCAGUUCCUGUUCUACCGGCAAUUUGGGCAGUAGGGAAAAGGAAGAGGGAGUGGUGAGGAAAGAGGCUGGAUCCAGGGUUUCUAGUGGAACAGGCACAGGUGUGGGGGCAGGGGGAAACAGGUUGAAGCAUGCUCUGGAGUCUUUUGAACGCAGAUCGAGGGGUGGGUCGAGCCCGCCCAGGGUACGGGAGGCGGAGGGAAGGAAUUCUCCUCCGACUACGCUUCAAUUGUAG